AGUGGUGCUGUGGGUCGGGACCCGCUGGAGAGCAUGGAUGGCGCGCAGAGCACGGUGUGCGCUACCGCGGGAGCGCGGUCCGGGAAGCGGCUGCUGGGGCCGGAACAGGAGGAGCCCUCUCUUCUCUGGGCCCCUGCUCCCAGCCUUGGGGAUGGCAGUGAUUCUGGCCUCUCCGACAGUGAAGAGAGUGUAUUCUCAGGCCUGGAAGAUUCCGGCAGUGACAGCAGUGAGGACUCCACUGAGGGACAGGAUGGGGCCGGCAGUGAUGAGGGCCACAGCAGGACAGAGAAGACCACUGGGCAGCAGGCCGGCAGGACCCCUUCCACUUCCCUGAGGACAGAGGCGACGAGCACGCAGGGCAACCAUGAGUACGCAGAGGACAGUUCCGAUGAGGAGGAUGUGCGGAACACGGUGGGCAACGUGCCCCUGCAGUGGUAUGACGACUUCCCACAUGUGGGCUACGACCUGGACGGCAGGCGCAUAUAUAAACCCGUACGAACUCGUGAUGAGCUGGACCAGUUCUUGGACAAAAUGGAAGACCCUGAUUACUGGCGCACAGUGCAGGACCGGAUGACAGGGUACGAUGUGAGGCUGACAGAUGAGCAGGUGGCCCUGGUGCAGCGGCUGCAGAGGGGCCAGUUUGGGGACAUCAGCUUUGACCCAUAUGAGCCGGCUGUGGACUUCUUCAGUGGGGACCUCAUGAUCCACCCUGUGACCAACCGCCCUGCCGACAAGCGCAGCUUCAUCCCGUCCCUGGUUGAAAAGGAGAAGGUCUCUCGCAUGGUGCACGCUAUCAAAAUGGGCUGGAUUCAGCCUCGCCGACCCCAGGACCCCACCCCCAACUUCUAUGACCUGUGGGCCCAGGAAGACCCCAGUGCUGUGCUGGGACGUCACAAGAUGCACGUGCCUGCACCUAAGCUGGCCCUGCCUGGCCACGCCGAGUCCUACAACCCGCCCCCCGAGUACCUGCCAAGCGAAGAGGAGCGGCUGGCUUGGGAGCAGCAGGAGCCCAGUGAGCGGAAGCUCAACUUCCUGCCACGCAAGUUCCCGAGCCUACGGGCCGUGCCUGCCUAUGGCCGCUUCAUCCAUGAGCGCUUUGAGCGCUGCCUUGAUCUUUACCUGUGCCCACGGCAGCGCAAGAUGAGGGUGAAUGUGGACCCUGAAGACCUCAUCCCCAAAUUGCCUCGCCCACGGGAUCUGCAGCCUUUCCCCACGUGCCAGGCCCUGGUCUACAGAGGUCACAGCGACCUCGUCCGCUGCCUGAGCGUCUCCCCAGGGGGCCAGUGGCUGGCUUCAGGCUCAGAUGAUGGUUCGGUGCGGCUCUGGGAAGUGGCCACUGCCCGGUGCAUGAGGACUGUGUCCGUGGGGGGCGUGGUGAAGAGUGUUUCAUGGAACCCCCACCCCACCAUCUGCCUGGUGGCGGUGGCUGUGGAGGACACAGUGCUGCUGCUGAAUCCGGCUCUGGGGGAUCGGCUGGUAGUGGGCAGCACAGACCAGAUGCUGGGCACCUUCAUCCCACCGGAGGAGCCUGCCCUGCAGCCUGCCCGCUGGCUGGAAGCCUCAGAGGAGGAGCGCCAGCAGGGCUUGAGAUUGCGUAUCUGCCACGGCAAGCCAGUGGCCCAGGUGACCUGGCACGGGCGUGGGGACUACAUGGCCGUGGUGCUGGCCACCCAGGGCCACACCCAGGUGCUGAUCCAUCAGUUGAGCCGUCGCCGCAGCCAGAGCCCCUUCCGCCGCAGCCACGGACAGGUGCAGUGUGUGGCCUUCCACCCCGUCCGGCCCUUCCUGCUCGUGGCCUCCCAGCGCAGUGUCCGCCUCUACCACCUGCUGCGCCAGGAGCUCACCAAGAAACUGAUGCCCAACUGCAAGUGGGUGUCCAGCUUGGCCGUGCACCCUGCAGGUGACAAUCUCAUCUGCGGCAGCUAUGACAGUAAGCUGGUGUGGUUUGACCUAGACCUUUCCACCAAGCCCUACCGAGUGCUGAGACACCAUAAGAAGGCCCUGCGGGCAGUGGCCUUCCACCCCCGGUACCCGCUCUUCGCAUCUGGCUCUGACGACGGCAGUGUCAUUGUCUGCCACGGGAUGGUGUACAAUGACCUGCUGCAGAACCCGCUGCUCGUGCCUGUGAAGGUGCUAAGGGGGCACACGCUGACCCGGGACCUGGGUGUGCUGGACGUGGCUUUCCACCCGACCCAGCCGUGGGUCUUCUCCUCAGGGGCUGAUGGUACCAUCCGUCUCUUCACCUAGCGUGCCCUGCUGCUCUGGUCCGCGCACGUGCUUGGGACUCAGAAUAGAGGUGUUUCUUUCCUCUGGUUGGUGGUGUGACCUUGAAUUUGAGU